CCGGAGCCAUAACCGUCCCACAGCCUCCACCGUGCUGGGCUCCUACUGACUGGGAGGGGGAAUCCCUGCACUCACCGGUAUGGGCACUCAGGGCCCAGACAAAGGAACUUUGUUUCGAAUUCUACUUGAUGAACUAGGAAUGAGCAGUUACAGAACCUCCAAGCUGACGCUGAACAAUGUUCUUCAAAUUGGACCUGAAAAUAUACAAAGAACUGAGUGUCAGACAAUUAAAGAUUUUCCAUGGUAUUUUCUGUGGAAGUUGAUGGCCCUUAGCCCUGCUGCCCGGGCUUUGCAUGUUCCAUGUGAAGGCGUCAUGUCAGAGGAACGGAAUUUAGAUGAAGCUGUAGAAGCUUCAGACAAUCGACCUUGCUCUGUCCAUGCACUUGAUGUUCUCUGUGUUCUCCUGCAUUGCUCAGACCCUUGUUUACAGCAAGAAAUUCUAUCAAAAAUGUGUUUGUGUCAGUUUGCUUUCCCCCUACUGCUUCCUGCUGGUGAUGGACCAGGUUGUACCUAUAUGCUGUGGGCAAUGAGGGGGAUCGUGAAAAGAUGGAGACCUCAAUCAUCAAAGGGCAUCAAAGCAUUUAAGGAGGAUAACUUGGUGCACAUAAAAAUGCCAAUGUUCUCUUUUAUGAGACUAGGGGAAUGCAGUUUAUCAAAGUCGCGCAUUCUCAACCAGCUUCUCAGCCCACCUCACCAGAGCCAAGAGUUUUUUCUGCACAGAGAAAUGGAAACUGGAAAUAUGUUACGCAAAAUCUCAGAUGGGUUAGUGGAAAUAUCUUGGUAUUUCCCAGGAGGCAGUGAAAAAAUGGACGUUUUCAAAGAACCCGUUGCAGUCGCUAAUGUGAGAGGUGACCUGCAGUCUGCUUUGGUGCAGUUUGACUUUUUAACCCGGGUAUCUUCAGCAGUGUUUAUAUUUACAGAGAAUAUCGGUGAGAGCGAGUAUAAACGUUUAUCAAAGAUUGAAAAUACAGAGACAAGCUAUUUUAUUAUUAUCCUGGUACCUUCUUCUGGUGCUCUAAGUGAGGAGACAGAAAGGAACAUCCAACUGUUACAGAAGAUGAAAGGGAUCAAUACCUUCAAAAAGAAAGACUCAGUUACUGACAGAAACUUUGUAAAAAUACUGAUUCACAUAAUAGAGUAUCAUAUACAGAAUGCUUCAAAUCCCAAGAACAUUGAGGAAAUGUCUGAGGAAGCCAAAAAACUUGGAAUCCAUGUAGAUGAGGAAUCUGAAGAUAUUAAGGAGGCUAAAAAGCUAGCCCAGGAAAUCACCGAUAAUAUAAAAAAUGUUACUCAGUAUAAGAAAGAAACUAUGAGACUGCAGGGAAAUGUCUGGAAAAAAAUAUCCCAAAUAGAAAAAGAAAUGUGCAGAAUGAGGGAACAGGGGAAGAACAACGCAGAAACUUACAGAGCCAAGCUGAUAAAAAGAUGUUCUAGACUGCGCAAGAGACAAAAUGAGCUUACAUUUCCAUCUGAUAUGCAGAAAUUUACAGAAGGUAUCACAGGACAUAAACUUUUGUUCCUAAAGAUGAUGGCAUUUUAUAUUGACGCAAUCACUAGAGACCAUCUUCAUUCUCUGAACACGGAGUACGAGGAGAGUUUUUGCCAUUCCCCUGGAGAUGUAGACAGACUAAAGGAGAUAGAUCUGAGGAUACUGAAUAGUUCUUUGGGAGCUGAACAUUUUCUGCGUGAGUUAGGGCAGUUUUAUGAGGCUAAAUAUUCAACAGCCCAAGGCACUAAAAUAAAAGGGAGAUUUAGAAAGUAUCCAGGAAUAGUCGCUGAGCUCUUUCUAGAUGGGUUCCCUCUAGAGCUCAUAGAUGGAGAUGCCUCCAACAUUCCCAUACAUUGGAUAACAGAUAUCCUGUCAGAGUUGGACAGUAGGACAGGAGGAAGGUAUAGAAUGAGAGUCAUCACGGUGCUAGGAGUGCAGAGCACAGGGAAAUCCACCCUCCUGAACACCAUGUUUGGGUUGAAAUUCCCUGUCGGUGGUGGACGGUGCACAAGAGGAGCUUUUAUGACACUGCUCCACGUGAAAGAUAAACUUCAGUAUGAGCUGGGAUGUGAGUUUAUUCUUGUGGUUGACACUGAAGGACUGAGGUCUCCGGAGAUGGCUUCUCUUGAGGGCAGCUAUGAACAUGACAAUGAGAUGGCGACUCUAGUGGUUGGGUUGAGUGAUAUCACAAUAAUCAAUAUGGCCAUGGAGAAUACAGCAGAAAUGAAAGAUAUUCUGCAGUUAGUGAUACACGCUUUCCUUCGGAUGAAACAAAUAGGCAAGAAACACAACUGCCAGUUUGUCCAUCAAAAUGUGAGUGAUGUUUCUGCUCAUGAGAAGAACCUGAGGGACAGACAGAAACUUCUGCAACAGUUGGAUAAAAUGACAGAAGUCGCAGCAAGAAUGGAGAAAAAAAGCCAAAUAACAACGUUUUCAGAUAUUAUAGACUAUAACCUUGAAGAACAUACUUGGUAUAUCCCCGGCUUGUGGUACGGUGUCCCACCUAUGGCUUCAGUUAAUGCCGGAUACAGUGAUGGUGUGAAUGAACUGAAGAAAUAUUUGAUUUCAUAUAUGAAAAAGAUGAAUGUGAAGCCUCAGACGAUACCGGAAUUUACAGAGUGGAUAAAAAGCCUGUGGAAUGCCGUGAAACAUGAGAAAUUUAUCUUUAGCUUCAGAAACAGCUUAGUUUCCGAAGCUUAUAACCAGCUAUGUAUGCAUUAUACAGGGUGGGAAUGGAACUUCCAGAAAGCAACUUAUAAGUCGUUCAAAAAAAUAGAAAUUUUUAUAAAGAAUUUACCAGCAGACGAGAUAGACAGAAAAACAUGGGGAGAAAUAAAAGAACAUCUGAGUAGGACAUUAAGGAACAAAGAGAGAAUCGUGUCAGAAUCACUAGAGAAGUAUUUCACCAGCGGGUGUGACAAUGUGCAUCUCCUGGAACCAUUUAGAAGUGACUUCUUCCAGAGCGUGAAGUAUCUCAGGGAGACACAAGAAAUGUCUUUAACUUUAAAAUCUGAGGAAUUGUUUCUCAGGCAGAAGGAAAAAUGCAAAAUUCAGAAAGUGUUGGAUCGUUUCAUUCAGAUUAUGGAAGACAGAGUUGCAGCCAUUAUUGAGGUCAGUAGAAACUCCGCUUCUGAAAUUGACGAUCAUCAACUAAAGAGAGAAUUUAUACGAAUGUGGGAAAAGACACUUCAGGAAGUGCCAAUGCCAAAGAACGACCCGGGUUAUAGUUUAAGAAACCGUUAUUUUUCCAUAUUUAAAAGUAUUUACAAAGAAAAAGACGAGAGCCAGAAAAGGGCGAGAUAUUUCUGUGAGCUUUGCCUAGAGCCGGCCAUCCUCCAUUAUAUUUGGGAAUAUACCGGUUUCUUCAUAUUAAAUGAUAUUUUGCACAGAGAAGACGCACUGGAAUUCAGAAGUCGCACCGUGUUUCAGUUUAAGGUCCUUACAAAUCUGUUAGAACGUAUGUCCUUCCGCCGGUAUCGGAAAUACAUUAAUGACUACGAGAGCUUUGCAAAAAGUUGGAUAUUGGAUUUCAUUAACCAUCAAUACAAGGGCGAGAAUUGCGGUCGAAAUUGGCAAAUUCUUAAAUCCAUAAUACGGAAAGUUAGUUGGGCUCUUGAAACUGUAUCCAAGGAAGAAACGGGAACUGUUCUAGAUUCUUUGGAACAUUUUUGCAGCUUGUUAAGUAGGGAAUUAGCUAUCGAGAAAAAAUACUUGCAGCUGGUAAUGUUCCAAAACAAAACAAGCUCUUCUGAGUUUUUAGAGCAGGUUCGUUUCUUUUUGAACGAUAUGGAAGAGAAAAUCAUUGUGAAAAUGAGAGAGUUUGAUAUUGGCUCCAUACUUUCCCAAGUCACAUUGAAGCCUCAAGAUGAACUGUUUAAGAAAGUCAUUGGGUGUGGGAAGCAAUGUCCAUUCUGCAAGGUGCCUUGUGAGGCUGGAGCUGCCGACCAUAAGGAGCAUUUUGCUUCUCUUCACCGACCAAAGGGUCUAGCCAAGUGCAACCAAAAAGGUAACAUGGAGGUUCUAGAUUACUCUACCUGUUCUACUGAUAUCACCUCCAAUGGCCGUUUCACUUCAGAAGAGACAGGUUUCAAGCCCCAUCCUUACAAAGAUUAUCGUACCUGUUACCCGGACUGGAUUAUCUACCCUGAGAUGAAUACUGAUAGUUCAGAUUACUGGAAAUUUGUUUUCAAAGAGUUUAAUCAACAAUUUGCUGGUGAAUACGGUAAAAAACCGGCUGAUAUUCCGGAAGACUGGCAGAGUAUCACCCGAGAGAAAGCUCUACACAGUCUAAAGGAGUCAUUCAGACUGAAAGAAGGGUGAGGGCUCUACUAAUUGAAAUCCACUAAUUUCAUGGCUCAUAGGGUGUCCUUGAUGAGGGUCCUAUAUAUAUAUAUGGAACCAGGCCCAGACUCUGGCAUUUCAAGUACACAGAGGUCCAAACAGGUUUGGUUCAGAAUGUUGAUCCUUGGGGAAGCUGGAGAGCAUGAACAUCAUGAGAUUGAUGGGUUCUUGAGAGGAUAAAUGUCCAAAUGCAAUGCUGACCUCUGUUAAUGUGAGUUUCUUGUCCAUCAGAGUAAAAUUCCCCAAUCAUUCUAUGGGAUUUCUAUGGGAUUUUUGGGGGCAUAUUCAUCAAUGGGUAAAAGUGAGACUUCACUAUUAUAUAUAAACACCUUUGAAAGGGGCACUAAACCCUGCCGCACAGUGCGGCUCAACCAAACGUUACUCAGCUGUUGCUGAACUACAAA